AUGGCAAAGAUCGCGAAGAUCGGCACGGCAGCCGCCGUGAUUCUCCCCCUGAUGGGUGGGGAGGGAGGCGUUCUCGCCGCCAAGAAGAAAACGGCCGCUACGCACUUCUGGGUCGGCAGUGAAUCCUCGCCGAUUGGGCUGAUGGAAGUGGACCGCGUGGACAAAAAAUCCGAGGGAAAGAAGAAGGAAAACAAGACGGCCGAGGGAAAAAAGGAAAAGAAGAAGAAGGAAGAGGCGGCGGAAAAGAAGAAGGAAAAGAAGAAGUCUGCGGGAGAGCUAUUAUUAUUGCCGAAGGACAUUGCGACCCAGGUGGCUACAGAUGCUAGCGAGGCAAAAGGAAACGUUCAGGCCGCAGCAGGAGCGGUGCAAGGAGCGGCGCAAAGUGCGGCAACCCGGAUCCAUAGCAGAUGAUGCGGGCAAUCCGUUCGCACCAUCUGCGCAACCUUGUGAAUCUGAAAGCAAGAAAGCAGGCAAAUAGCUUCGAGCGUAUUCUCUUUGCUUCUUCGUCAAGUUCUCGCUUUCUUUUGUCUUCUCUUUCUUCUUCCCGAAAGAAAGCCCGAUGUUGCAAAGAUGGUUUAUUUUUUACGUAGAUGCUUAUGCUUUGCGAUGAGUAUGUAAAUGUAUGUAUGCUACGGAACCGGUAGUAAGAGUAACUCGCUCAACCUCAAACCCGCUGCACUGGGAUCAUUUUGAAUGAAUAUUUUAUUUCUACAGUUGCUCGUCAGAGAUCGCCAUACAUGUUCCUAGUACAGUCUUCGUUGUUUUUCUCCUCAAGUAGUACUCCAUCCAGACCGGGCACGAGCUGCCCUACCACUCAUGAACCCCAACUGAACCAUACCCAUAAGUCACGUUAAAAAAUUUUAUGUUUUGCAAAAAACUAAAAAUGUUUAGUUUUCGCAAAUACGAAGAAAUUUAAAUUGAAAUUCAAAUUUUCCCUUGCGAUGCCACCCCCUACUCGACAUUCAUUCUAAGUAUCUGCUGCUACGUACAGCAGGAAAAAUACCUAAAAAUACAUUUUUUCAAAUCAUUCCCAACCCCCCUCGACAAAAGUUUGUAUGUUUCAUCAACCUCUGUCGACACAAGGCACUGUUAACAUACGUUGUGACAGAUGAUGAUGGACGCGAUUUUUCUUAACUUUUCCAACCUUAU